AUGAUGCUCCAACCAAGGUUCAGGCCACUGGCCUCGUCCAUCAGGUCCCUGCUCACCUCCUCCAACUUUUCCCGAGCCUAUGCCAGCAAGACCCCCAGCCGCGAUCUGCCGACCGCGCCUGCACUGCGCGCCGAGGAGGCUCUCAAGCCCACCCUGAAAAAAGAAGAGGAACAGCUUGUGAUUCUGCGGACCUAUAAGCCGCGGACCCCCGGUGUGCGACAUCUGAAGCGGCCCAUCAACGAUCAUCUAUGGAAAGGCCGGCCGUACCGGGCGCUGACCUUCCCCAAGAAGGGCCAGGCAAGAGGUGGCAGAAAUAAUACUGGUAGGGUCACUGUGCGACACCGUGGUGGCGGGCACAAGAGGCGUAUCCGGACCGUCGACUUCGACAGGAAAGCCCCCGGGGCGCACCUCGUGGAGCGCAUCGAGUACGAUCCCAACCGCUCCGCGCACAUUGCCCUGAUUUCGAACAGGGCGGACGGCAAGAAAAGCUACAUCAUCGCAGCCGACGGCAUGAGGGCUGGCGAUGUUGUCCACAGCUACCGCGCUGGUAUCCCCAAGGACCUGCUCGACAGCAUGGGUGGCAUUAUCGACCCGGGUAUCUUGGCCUCCAAGACAGCGCACCGCGGAAACUGCCUGCCCAUGCACAUGAUCCCCGUUGGCACCAUGAUCUACUGUAUCGGCUCGAGGAGAGAUGGCCCGGCCCGGUUCUGCCGGAGUGCAGGCACCUACGGCGUCAUCGCGUCCAAGGAGGAGGAGACAAGGGACGACGGUACCAAGAUUGUGGUUGGAAAGCAUGUCAACGUGAGGCUGCAGAGUGGCGAGGUCCGCAAGGUGGACAAGGAUGCAAUUGCGACGAUCGGUGUUGCAAGCAAUGUCCACUACAACUACACGUCGCUGGGCAAGGCUGGAAGAAGUCGAUGGCUAGGCAUCAGGCCAACGGUCAGAGGUGUGGCCAUGAACACUGUCGACCAUCCUCACGGUGGUGGUCGUGGAAAGUCCAAGGGAAACCGGCACCCAGUGAGCCCUUGGGGCACACCAGCAAAGGGCGGGUACAAGACUCGCAGAAAGCACAACAUCAACAGGUUUAUUGUCACGCCUCGCGUUCGCAACAUGGGCAAGAGGAGAGACAAGGGCGGCUCUUGA